AUGCAUUUUCAAACUAUCGAGUCACAAAACCCCAACCUCCAAUUGGGAAGCCAGCAAUUGCCUCAGUUCCCAAAAGCCAAGGAUUUCUUGGGAGUCCUAUCUGAAUCAAAUAAAAGGCUGCAGCUUGAUGCGAAGGACAAUUCUGACUAUGAUAUUGAAGUGCUCACUGGGCAUGAGUCUGAAUACAUUGAAAUGGAUUUGAUGUUGGGUGUGGCUGAACUUCAAACCCCUGAGGCUCUUGCUGCUGCUGAGUCUGCGAUAGCUGGGUAUCAACCAGUUGUUCCUCUGCCUGCUAGCAGCAGUGGGACUGAGUCAGAAGGUACCAGUGAUGAAGAGACUGAUGAUGAUGACGACGACGACAACAAUGCCACAUGCUCUCCUGAAAAGCUUAAAAGACCUAAGCUUACUGAUGGAGAUCCUUCGAGUGAAACAUUGAAAGAUCAGCAGCAAAAGAAGCGACCGAAAAUUGUUGAGCUGUCAUAG